AUGGACAAGAUCAACGACGAUCAACUAGCUAUCAUCAUCGGCCACGAGAUGGCCCACGUAUUACUGCGCCAUACUAACCGUAUGUUGAGCAGGGCUACUAGUAGACAAAUAUACAUAAUAUGUAUACAUAUUAUGUAUUAUAUAAGCGUCAUAAUGUUCCUCGGUACGUGGACGUUCACAUGUAAACUCGAUGAUGGUAUAUUCGCCAGGCGCAUGGACACGAAGGCUGACAGAGUCGGUUUCAUGAUGGCCGCGUGAGCCUGCGUGGACAUCACGUAAGGCCCAAAACUGUUUAACUCCUUGGCCGACAAAGAAGAACAGUCGUCCGUCAAACCCCAUAUAUUGGGGUGGAUGAAUGAUACUCACUUGUCACACCGGAGACGAGCGAAACAACUGAACCGACUGAUGAACGAGGCUCGAAAACUGCAGAAAUCAGUCAAUUGCCACGAUAACGGACAAACCGAUCAUGUACAGGAUCGAUAA